CCAUCGCAUAUCAACAAGCCCACCGGUGGGGCCGCUAUUUUUGGUGAAAGGGUCUUAGAUGCCAAGUGAAAGCAGACUGAUUCAUCUUGUACACCACAGCCCUCCAAGCUCAAGCGCAUGGAGUCCGACAAGGCAAAUGCUGGGUCUGAAGAACGCAAUGAAAAUGAACUCAAGGAGGCUGAGACCACCCAAGCCACUGAGUCAGAAGAGGCGGUUACAAGUCAACAGGUGGACACAGCCAAUGAAGAUGAGAAUGAUAGUGAUGAUCAUGAUGGAGAGCCACUGCUUCUGGACAGUGAUCUAUGGAAAAAUGAACUCCUGAGCCCACGCAAGCAAAUUGUCCUGAAGAAACAAUCCACAGACUUCAACAGGGAAGAGGCAUAUUGGCAGUUCAUGUUGAUCACUGAAGCUCUUGCAUGUACUCAAAUUGUUGGAUUUACUGAUAACACACCUGCUGCCGUUGAUAAUGAUCCAUCAAGUAUUGUGAACACAGUGUGGGAGCCACCAGUCAUCCUCCCUGGCUCUAAAAAGUCUCAGGAGAGAUUGACUCUACCAAGGAGCCCAGUGAUGUUAUUAUCCCAACAGAAGACGCGAUGACCAUGAACAAGCAUGUCAUUUCCUAGGAAUUCAGAGCCAUACAGUGCCCCGUCUGUUGUACAUGAACUGUUCAGCCAUUUUAAAGCAUUGGCAGCCGGUUGCCAUUGCUGGAAUCAUGUGGAUGCGGGAAGUGGACUAUCUUCAGGGGGCCGUACUCGGAGACCAUGUGGGCCUGGGUAAGACCUG